GUACCGCGAGUCGUGUAACUAUGGAACGAUAUUUCCCGAUAUUUAUUUUAGUACAGACAUUGGUAUCUCAGCCUUCCCAGUGCCCCCACGGCUGGAUACAAAGGAAUUCCUCUUGUUAUGCCUUUAUCACAGGGGCCCCAGACGGCUCGACUGAGGCAGAGAUUUAUUGCAAUUUUUUACAUUCACGGCUGGUUGAGAUAGAAACAGUUGCAGAGAAUGAAUUUAUUCGGAUUCAUUUGAUGGAUAACCACUUAAAAGGUAACUUCUGGAUUGGUCUUUCUGAUGUUCUUGUUGAGGGUGAGUGGGUCUGGCUAUCUACUCAGUCUCCGGCCACUUACACAGAUUGGGCACCACACGAACCAAACAAUGCCAACUCUAACGAGAAAUGUGGAACCAUAGAUUAUAAUUACCAUUGGAACGAUCUGCGAUGUUCAGAAAAAUCAAAUUUUAUCUGUGAGAAAAUGGUGAACGAGGAGGUUGAUAUUAUUGGCUGAAAGAAAGUAAUUUGAAAUAAUACCAGU